AUGAGUAACUUGACAUCUCGCAUCAGACCAUUGAAUAAUAAUUUGACAUCAAUUGAAGACAUAUUCAGCGAUGGUCUUGACACUUUGUUUCCUGACAGCCUGAGUAAUCUCCACGGCGAUCCAGGUUCCAGCGUCGUUUAUGCGUCGUCCUCGUUUGGCAACAUUCAAUUAGAGCUUGCCAAAUCUGAUGAGAAGGCGGACCGUCUUCUGUUCGCGCACUAUUUGUGGAACGCGAGUCUUCUGCUUGCUGAAUUGCUGGGUCAAGCCAAAGGUGAUGACGUAAAGGAAGAUCGUCCAUGGGAUGUGAGAGGGGAAAGGGUCCUUGAGUUGGGAGCUGGUGUGUGA